AUGCCAAGCUCAAAAUCUCACCACCACGAAGUACCGGGGUUUCCCCUCAAGUCAUACCAGCCGCUACGCUUCCUGUAUUGGCUGGGGUUCAAGACCUGGAUCCUAGCGCGGGUGCCCUUUUGGCUUGUUCGCCUCGCCGUAUUCCCACGGCCGCAUGCCAGCAAGAAAUGGACCCUCUUCAACACCUUGGUGGCAUGGAUCGGCCGGGAGGAGAGCGAACUAUUUGCCAGACUAGGCAUCACCGAGGAGCUAUCCCUCGAGCCUGGAGAGGACAACUUCAAGAUCAUCGCCCCUAGUGCUUUGGCACAAUACACUGGCCCUCUCCGGCACCCAAAGGUACAGCCCGCGCCGAUUGGCAUAACAUGGUUUCCCACGACCAAGCCGGUUUCCGGAGCCGCAGACCUUGUUGUCCUUCAUCUUCACGGCGGUGCAUUUGUUUGGGGAUCCGGUCGCGCCAAGCAGCUGCGCUUCCUCGCCGACACACUGCUCACAGAGGCUGGCGUCACCUCCAUCUACGCCCCGCAGUACCGUCUGUCUGGCUACGGCGGGCAGAAUCCAUUCCCGGCCGCACUGCAGGACUCGUUGACCAGCUACCUGUAUCUGCUCAACACGCUGAACAUAGCGGCAGAGAACAUUCUCAUCUCUGGCGACAGCGCGGGCGGCACCUUGGCCAUCUCACUCAUCCGUUACAUCGAGGAAUACGGGCCCGACUUGGGCAUUCCCCGGCCUCUGGGCGCCGUUUUUGUAAGCCCCUGGGUUGAGCCCGGCAGCGCGCUAGGCCCUACGGCGCUGGCCACUUUCCAUUCGAACGUUCACUGGGCAACCGAUUACAUGCCGUUCGAGAUGUGCGCCUGGGCAGCGCGCGUAUACACAGCCCUUGUGCCCGUGGAGCAUCCAUACAUCACGGCGCUAGGAAACCCGUUCAGCAGUAAGGUACCGAUGCUUCUCACCAUGGGCGAUGCCGAGGUCCUAGAGGUGGAAUGUACAGCCUGGGUGAAGGAGAUGCAGGCCGUGGCUGGGAAUCGAGUGGAGGCGUACUACGAGGAUGCGGCACCGCACGACACGCUGCUGUUAGGGGGCGACAUAGGUUGGGCUGAGAGCGCGAAGGACGUUGCCAGGAACAUUGGAGCUUGGGUAACCAAGAUCAGGGGAGGUCAUUAG